AAUUAGUGUCUGUCACAUAAAUUGUGACCGUCCUUGUGUCUCCCAUUCCCAAAAAAGAGAGCUACAUUCUAGGGAAUUAAACCAGUUAAAGUAAGCAUAAGCGUAAACCAGCCGAAAGCAUAAGAAGUGAACCAAAUUUUUAAAGAAUUAUCAUCAGAUUUCCAUGCCAAUUUUAAGCAACAUGAAGCAGAAGCAUUUGGUCUUGUGUCUAACUAGUUUAUUCCCAGUUGCUAUCUCAAUCCUUGGAGACAUCCCACACAAAUAUGACCUGAUCAUGACACCGAAGUCAUGGCCAGAUGCACAGAAUUACUGCAGGACAAUGUACAGUGACCUGGCAACAGUCAUAAGUGAUAGUGAUUGGCUAAGAUUGAACAAAGAAGCAGCAAGCAAAGGUCUGGCAGCAUCAGCCUGGGUCGGAGUAUAUGAUGAUUAUACUAGCUGGUGCUGGUCCCUAAAUGACCUUCGACUGAAGGAUGUCCGUUAUACAAGUUGGAAUAGUGGACAGCCUAAUAACGCUUUGUCAAUAGAAGCAUGUGUUAUGUUAUCUACAUCUGGUAAAUGGUUUGAUACAUAUUGCAAAUUUCUUAGAGCCUUCAUAUGCUACAAUGAUAGUUUCAGCGGCGCUGACAAGUUCAUUGGCAUCAAAAGUCUAGUGACCUGGCCUGAAGCUCAGGCUUACUGCCGAACAUAUCACACAGACUUGGCCAGCUCUCUUAACAGCUCGGACCAAAUCAUCUUAACACAGAUAAGAAAUAUCCAGGGUGACUCCUGGGUUGGCCUAUACAGAGAUACUUGGAAGUGGUCGGAUGGCACCACCAAUUUAAAGUUUGCUUGGGCUACUGGACAACCAGAUAAUUCUGAGAGAAUUAUGGGGUCCUGUGGAUCAGUUAAUAACGGAUUUUUCGGUGAUGAACCUUGCACCAACCUGCACUAUUUCUUCUGUCACACCAUUCCACCAAUGAGGACUUACAUAAAAUUGCAGUUGAAGUCUAAUGGAAAUGUGUUUGAUCCUGCUCUGCAGUCAUCUAUUUUAGAACUGGACCACGGGGGUCUGCUGGAGCCUAUCCCAGCGCACAUAGGGCAAAAGGCAGGGGUACACCCUGGACAGGUCGCCACUCCAUCACAGGGCCACACAACCGGGCAAUUUAGAAUUACCAAUCAACCUAAUGUACAUGUUUUUGGACUGUGGGAGGAAACCGGAGUAAACCCACACAGGCACGGGGUGAACAUGCAAACUCCACACAGAAAGACCCCAGCCUGUUCCACCCCCAGGAUUCGAACCCAGCACCUUCUUGCUGUGAGGCAACAGUGCUAACCACUAAGCCACCAUGCUACCACAAAUAAGAAACCUGUUGAUGCAGGUGAUGUAGAAGGCCAGAUGUACCCCUGCUGGAGCACCUCGUCAAUGGACUCUUUCAUAGCCCUUUGUUCAGCGGAUGACAUGGGGUAAAUUUGUCACAGCAAGCGGCAAGGAGAUGGAUUUAUACCAGCCUGGUGCUCAGAAGGCAGGUAGAAGCAUGGCUGUGUCUCAAGGAUUUUGAGUGAGAUAGAUGCUAGCAUGACUGUAGUCCUAUGAACAGAGUGGUUCUAGUAUUGUUUUUAAUUGACUCUAUCACCACCAAUGGGUCAAAUGUGGGCCUAUUUUGGAAAUACAUUUAUGGUUAUAACAUUUGAUGCAUGAGUCCAAACUGUAAAAAGCCAGACGUUCCUAGAUUCAUUUGGGUUUCCUCCCACACUGUAAAAGCAAUUUCUAUAAAAAGCACAGACGCCAGCAA